UUAUGAGUAUCUUUUAUCUCCCCACCUCAUUUCAAGCUUCUUGCUAUUCUAUGUAAAGCACUGUAAAUUUCUAGUCCUGAUAAAAGAAAAAAAAAACUCAAAGCACAGCUUGUAAUCUGAAAUGGAGGAACCAUCUCAUCAAAGAAAUGUGUUUAAACAAGAAUCACCAAAGAGGAAGAAGGGUGGCUUCAUCACCAUCCCUUUCAUCAUAGCAAAUGAGGCACUGGAGAAAGUGGCAAGCCUUGGGCUUUUGCCCAACAUGAUAAUGUAUUUGAUACGUGAAUAUCGAAUGGAGUUUACAGAGGGACAAAACAUACUCUUUUUUUGGAGUGCUGCUACCAAUUUCUUGCCUCUUGUUGGAGCUUUUCUCUCUGAUUCAUUUCUUGGUCGAUUCUCCACCAUUGCCCUUGGUUCUACCUUCAGUUUCCUGGGCAUGUUUAUCUUAUGGCUAACGGCAAUGAUACCGCAAGCCAAGCCUGGUCCUUGCAAUCUGCAAGAUCAUCCCUGCAAAUCGACUUCAACGCCUCAGUACUUGUUACUGCUUUCGGCCUUUAUUGUCAUGUCAAUCGGGGCUGGUGGUACUAGGCCUUGUUCAUUGGCAUUUGGUGCUGAUCAGAUAGAUAACAAGGACAAUCCUAUGAAUGAGAGGAUAUUAGAACGCUUUUUUGGAUGGUAUUACGCCUCAGCAGCAGUUGCAGUUGUGCUUGCUUUCACCGGCAUUGUUUACAUUCAAGAUCAUUUCGGGUGGAAAUUGGGAUUUGGGAUUCCUGCUCUUCUCAUGUUCCUUUCCACUGUGUUUUUCUUGCUUGCAUCUUCUCUUUAUAUCAAGCCAAAAGUCAAGAUGAACUUGUUUAGUAGCUUUGUGCAAGUAAUUUCUCUCUGUUACAAAAAACGAAAGCUGACAUUCCCUUCUCCAGAUUCCAUCAAGUGGUAUAGUCUCAAGGACUCAGAACGUCUCGUGCCCACGGAUAAACUAAGAUUCAUGAAUAAAGCUUGUGUUAUUUGGAACUCUGAAGAGAUAGGCCCAGACGGUGUAGCUUCUAACCCGUGUAACAUUUGCACAGUCGAUCAAGUUGAAGAGCUGAAAACACUAAUCAGAGUCCUGCCUUUGUGGUCUGCAGCAAUCAUGAUGUCGGUAAACAUUAGUACUCAAAGUUCCUUUGUUUUGCUGCAAGCUAAGUCCAUGGAUAGGCACCUCGCUGGAGGACUGGAAAUUCCAGCCGCAUCUUUUGUUAUAUUUACAAUAGCUACAAUCUUUACAUGGAUUAUGCUAUAUGAUCGCAUAUUGGUUCCAUUGGCAUCAAAGAUUAGAGGAAAACCAGUUCAUCUUGAUACGAAAGUAAGAAUGGGGAUCGGGCUAUUCUGUUCAUUCAUGUCUAUGGUUGUUGCAGCUAUUGUGGAGCAUAUUCGACGUAGAAAAGCAAUUCAACAGGGUCUUAGUGACAAUCCAAGUGGUCUGGUUGUCAUGUCUGCAUAUUGGCUUGUACCACAACACGUUCUGGGAGGACUAGCCGAGGCCUUCAACUCAAUAGCUCAAACUGAAUUUUACUACUCUGAAUUUCCGAAGAGCAUGUCUAGCAUUGCAUCAGCCAUGUUUGGGCUAGGAAUGGCAUUUGCAAAUCUGUUAGGUAGUGCUAUAUUGAAUACAGUAAAUCAUGUUACAAGUGAAGGGGGAAAAGUGAGCUGGACUUCGACCAACAUCAACAAGGGGCAUUAUGAGAGUUACUACUGGCUUCUGGCAAUUUUAAGUGCAGUGAAUCUCUUCUAUUUUCUCGUAUGCAGCUGGGCUUAUGGUCCUUGUGCAGAACAAAGGAAUGGGGUUAGGCGCGACAAUAAGAAAAGCUAUGGUUCUUCAGAAGAAGAGAUGUUGCGCUUCAUCAAACCUCCAGAAAAGAACGACAGAGUAAACGUUGGGGAAAUACCCGAAUCCAGGUCUGCAUUGCCUGAACUUUUGAAUGUACAGUAUUCACUGGCAGGCGAAAACAGAAGUGCUUAAGAAUUUCCUAAUGAUGUAGCUUCUGGAGCUUGACUGCAUAGAAGUAUAGUCUAUAGGUUUAAGAAGCAUCAACAUUUAUCAUACAAAUUUAGCUAAAUAGAAAAACAUUUAUCA